AUGCUCGCCCGUGCUACCUUCCGCGCCGCUUCGGCCCCCACCCACGUCGCCCGCCGCGGCUUCCAGUCGACCCGCGCCCAGAUGUCGUCCCCCUACCACUACCCCGAGGGUCCCCGCAGCAACUUGCCUUUCGACCCGCUGAAGAAGGGCUUCGCCUUCAAGUACUGGGGCUUCAUGGCUACCGGCUUCUCCCUGCCCUUCCUCCUGGCUGUCUGGCAGACAAAGAAGAACAAGCCGUAA